AUGGCUGCGGCCGCCACUACACCAGUACUCACUUACGCUGGGCCCGGGAAUUUUAUUCCGAUGGCGCGUUUUUUGAUGCGACAACAGGAGAAAUUUAUGCAACGUCUUGGCGAUCACAAUAUUCCCGGACUGCGAUGGGUGAUCGAAGGAUUUAAUUAUUACGACAAAGAACGUGUGAAAGAAGUUGGACCCGAUCGAGCAGCUGCUGAAUGGAUUGUUCGCUGUGGAGGAUGUGUCAAAUUCGACAAGAUCACCGAUCGUUUCUCCGACUACAAUGCUUUGGUAAGACGCUGUGCCGAGCUUGACCCACGUCUUUCUGAUGAUCAAGUUCGAGUGACGCACAUUGAGGCAAUUGAUGCUUCUGUCACUGGAUAUGGUUGUCGGCAUUUUGAUGGCCUAAAUGCUAUUUUGGACGUCCGCUUUGUGCGCUGCAAGAACUUGCACGAUUUUGGACUGAAAUACAUGGGUGAUGCUGUCGGCAAGAAGUUGAACUACCUCGAAAUCGACUCGUGUCCUCGUAUCACCGAGGAUGGUCUAGCUCACCUCAAACAGUGCACUGGCCUCAAAUCGCUUCUCAUCCACAACCUCCCACGUGUAUACGGAAAGCCAAAAAUCUACCAAGAACUUCGCCAAGCCUUACCGAUGUGCGAGAUCCACUACCCUGACUACGAGAAGCCCUCG